AUGAAGUGUCCAUCGGAGUUCGGCCGCAGCCUUCAUGACCUUCCGACAGAAGUCAUCGUCGAAAUCUUGGCGCAUCUACCGGUGAAGUCUAUUGGGAGAUUCCGGUGCGUCAGCAAAUCAUGGGCGGCCCUUACUUCCUCUCCAUCCUUUAUCAACGCCCACCUCAACCUCCACUCCUCCAAUAACAACAAACACCAGAUCCUCUGCACCCUUCCUUUUUGGAACCCCAACCACCGCCACUCAAUCUACCUCCUCCGCCGCGGAGGCAGCGCCGCCCCUCUUCUCCUCGACUUCCCUCCUUCCAUUCAGUUCAAGUACUCCCCGGAAAGCCAGGUCCGAGCCUGCUCCCACCGCGGGCUGGUUUGCCUCUGGGCUUACGGUUCCGCGUCGCCCAUUUACCUCUGGAACCCUUCAACCCGGGAAACCCGCGCGCUUCCCGCCAGUCGCCACCACUCAUCCCACCGGGUGCGUUUCGCCUGGGCGGGUCUCGGGUCCCUCCGGUUGAGCGACGGCACCGAAGAUUACAAGGUGGUGAGAGUCCUCCGCCUUCAGGAACUGGAGAUCAUCGCUGAGGUGUACAGUCUGAGGAGGGAUUCUUGGAAAGCCGUCGCCGUGAACCCAAAGAUGCCGUUGAUCCGCUUGUGUUCCAGCGAGGUGGCGGUGGUUAACCAGACGGUAAACUGGAUCGGACUGCAGAAUCCCUUAAGGUUCGCGAUGGUGUCGUUCGACGUGGCGGCGGAGACGUUCCGGUGCAUAGAAUUUUCACCGAACUGCUUGCUGACGCCGAGAAUAGGGGCGUGGAAAGAGAGCGUGGGCGUUUUGGUGGAAACGGAGUCGGGUGAAUGGGAGGUGUGGGUGAUGGGGGAGACGUCGUGGGCAAAAGUGUUUGUGUUUAAGCCGGACGAUCAUAUGGGAGGAUCGGUUACGCCGCUAGGGUUGACUACAGGCGACGAGAUACUGUUAUCGCGAAAACGGAAGAGUAGGAUAAUGAGGAUGAAGGUGAAAGAAGGGGGAGAGAUGGGAGGGAAGGUGGUCGAUGAGGAAUUUGAUUUUGUGUUGCCAAUGGAUGUGGACGUGGGGUGCAUGUGCGCCUGUUAUGGCCAUAUGGAAAGUCUGGUUUCGAUUAAUUAA